AGUCGUUCGGUCACCUGGACUGAGCUGUUGAGUGAGUGAAGUGAGCGUAAGUGUCUGAGUGAAUGAUUUUAAUAGAGGAAGCAAGCAAGCUAGGUCGCUGUGCUGCUUGUGUGGAGCUGUUUUCAAUAGUUUUGUAAUUGUGUUACGUGAAAAAAUUCUACAUUAAUAUCAUUAUUGUGUUUUAAUUACUCAAUUUGUGAAACAAAAUGGCAAUGCAACCUCAUAGCAAGAAGAGAGUGUGUUAUUACUAUGAUAGCGACAUUGGUAAUUACUACUAUGGCCAGGGGCACCCGAUGAAACCGCACCGUAUACGCAUGACUCAUAAUUUAUUGUUGAAUUAUGGAUUGUAUAGGAAAAUGGAAAUCUAUAGGCCACAUAAAGCAACUGCAGAUGAAAUGACAAAGUUUCACUCCGAUGAUUAUAUCAGAUUCCUUCGGUCAAUUCGGCCGGACAACAUGUCUGAAUACAACAAACAGAUGCAAAGAUUUAAUGUUGGAGAAGAUUGCCCAGUAUUUGAUGGUCUCUAUGAGUUUUGCCAAUUAUCAGCGGGAGGUUCUGUAGCUGCUGCAGUCAAGUUAAACAAACAGGCAUCAGAAAUAUGCAUCAACUGGGGAGGUGGUCUUCAUCACGCUAAAAAGUCAGAGGCAUCCGGAUUUUGUUAUGUAAAUGACAUUGUCCUGGGCAUUCUGGAGUUGCUUAAAUACCACCAGAGGGUUCUGUACAUUGACAUUGAUGUUCAUCAUGGGGAUGGAGUGGAAGAGGCAUUUUACACCACAGACAGGGUUAUGACAGUAUCUUUCCAUAAGUAUGGAGAGUACUUCCCUGGGACAGGUGAUCUACGAGAUAUUGGAGCUGGCAAAGGAAAAUACUAUGCAGUGAACAUCCCACUCCGGGAUGGCAUGGAUGAUGAGUCUUAUGAAUCAAUUUUCGUUCCAAUCAUCUCGAAAGUUAUGGAGACUUUCCAACCAAGUGCUGUAGUGCUGCAGUGUGGUGCUGAUUCUCUAACAGGUGACCGAUUGGGGUGCUUCAACUUGACGGUGCGAGGGCACGGGCGGUGCGUGGAGCUGGUGAAGAGAUUCGGACUCCCAUUCCUUCUAGUUGGCGGUGGAGGUUACACAAUCCGCAACGUGUCCCGCUGCUGGACUUACGAGACUUCCGUCGCGCUCGGCGUAGAGAUCGCGAACGAGCUGCCCUACAACGACUACUUCGAGUACUUCGGGCCUGAUUUCAAACUUCACAUAUCGCCUAGCAACAUGUCCAAUCAGAACACGCCAGAAUACCUAGAGAAGAUUAAGAAUCGACUGUUUGAAAAUCUACGGAUGUUGCCACACGCGCCCGGAGUUCAGGUUCAAGCCAUACCAGAAGAUGCUGUGAAUGAUGAAUCAGAAGACGAGGACAAGGUUGAUAAGGACGAAAGACUGCCUCAAAGUGAUAAGGACAAGCGCAUCACCGGGGACGGCGAGCUGUCGGACUCGGAGGACGAGGGCUCGGGCGGGCGGCGCGACAACCGCUCCUACCGCACGCAGCCGCGCAAGCGCCCGCGCCUCGACAAGGAGCCCGCGCAGCUCAAGGACGAACUCAAACCGGAAGAUUCAAAGGAUGAUCUAAAGAAUUUAAGCACAGUGGAGGAACCAAAGAAAGAAGUCCCGCCCAACCCCUGAUGCGAGCGGUAGGGCGAUGUUAGAUUAGCCUUAGUUCGUAACGAUAUGAUCGGAUAUAUCGUGAAGAUUCUCACCCAUUAUAUCUAACUGCCUUCAUUUUGCGUGACAUGCAAAUAAGGCUCUCAGAUAUUUGGCAAGUAAUUAAUAAAUAAAAUAAGGAUUUUACGUGAAAUUGGAAUUCAGUCAGGCACAGCAAUCCAAGUUUUUUGGUGCACAAACCAAGUGCCUACUUUAAUUUAUAGACAAAAAAGUCAAUGAAACUUCAUACUGACGAGAAACCGAUGCAGUCAACUUAGCAAUACACUUGUAUUUGCUAACAAUUUCAUAAAACUCAAUCAAGUAGUCGAAAAGACAGACUAGAGAUCUCGAAUUAAAGUUUAAGACCUCUUAAUUUUAAGAGGGUUGAUUCUGUAGAAUAGAUUUUGUAUUACAUAGUUAUGUGUAUUUGUAUAUUUUACCAGAGUAAAUAGUUAUAAUAGGGAGCACUCAAAGGAGUUCUGCUAAAUUAGCAGUCAGGGUACAUGAUAUUAAUGUGAUCCUUCAACAUAUAUUUUGUAUGGAUUGACAAGUAACUCUGAUAAUUCCAUCCUACCUUUUUCUUUGACGUGUACACUAUUAUAAUUUUCUACUCAAUGAUUUUACCAAACCGAUAAAGGAAGCAAUAACUUAGAUAGAAAUCACACAAUACUAAUAAUUCAUCAUUUAUAGGUUUAAUUUUUAGACCAAUACAAAAUAAUUACGCCAAAUAACUUGUUCUGUAUUCAUUUAUAAGAACUAAAUGUUGCAAAGUGUACAAGGACUUUACUUUUCCUUGUUCACGCAAGUUCACAAGUCUAAAAUUAUUCCUUAUAAUUAUUUGUAAUAUUCGGAUGCAAAAAUAAUUGAGAAAAUUCAUGUUCUCCCCUCUAGUCCAAUUGGAUGGCUAAAUCAGCGCCGCAAGUCGAUCCUGUAAAUUUCAGAGGUCUUUCUCAGGAAAUAUGUUUGUCAUAGUAGUAUUAUCAUCACGUUCUUAAUUUUUUUUUAUUAUUAUAGGCGUGGCUAAAAGAGCAUUAUAUAUUUUCUGAGAAUGGCCAUUUUAUAUUCCGUCUAUUUUUAGCGCCUGACAAUCGAAAGAGCAUUAGUUAAUUUUUGUACCUAAUAAAAUGUCUCAUAACACAUAAUUAAGGAAGUGUUCGAAUUCAUGAAUUUUCGCUAGUGGUAUCUUCGUAAAUAAUAUAAGUUCUAACUUAAUUUAUAGUUAUUUUAAAAGAUGAAGCAUUUAGACUGAAAUCGCUUAUUUGUGUGCAUCUUAUAAAGAUAAAUAAGCUUUUAUUUUUCUACAAUAAACGAUUACCUACGUUCUAAUGUUUAAAUGUCACAGUGAGAGUGGGUAACGUAAAAAAGUGAAUGAUAUCGAUUUUAUCAAUUAGCGUAAUUUUGCUCUUCCGGUAUUGUUCAAUUGUUUACUUAUCUAAAACAUUCUUAUGACCAGAUACACAAAACUACCCGCAUUAUGCAUUCAAUAUUUAACGCAUAAGGCUGAACUCAAACCACAUUCUUGCUCAAAUCAGUCAAUAACUUUGAAAUAAUAAUUGCACGUCACAACGAAGAAUUUGUGUAACUGGUCGCAAGUGCUGAUGCACAGAAAUACUAUUGUUAGUGUAAAUGGUAUUGAACUGCAUGUAAAUCAGUUGAUUAUGAAAUCUAUCACCAUCAAGGAAUUAUCCAUGUUUGUGGUUUAUGUCCUAAUCUGUGAGAUAAUUUAGAAAACAGGCAAUUGUACCCUUUCAUAGUUCAGAGACGCCUGUCAAAUGAGUUAACAGGCGUUAUAAUAUUUUAUUUGUACAUGUAAUUGCAGUUCAACGUUAUUAUAUUUUCUAUUGUUAAAUAAAUUCUGUCAAAACUGGUCUUA